CCCGUAAUCACAUAUAUUUAUACGAAAGCACGGCCUUUCGCUGCUUCUCUGUGCUAGGGUUUGCACUGCCGGAAUAGACCAGAAGAGCAGCGGGGAAGAUGCCGUCGCACAAGACGUUCAAGAUCAAGAAGAAGCUGGCGAAGAAGAUGCGCCAGAACCGCCCCAUUCCCCACUGGAUCCGCAUGAGGACCGACAACACCAUCAGGUACAACGCCAAGCGCAGGCACUGGCGUCGCACAAAACUAGGGUUUUGAGGGCGCCUUAGGUCUCCUUGCUCACCGCUCUUAGACAUUGAGUUCCUUUCUUGACUAUUUCAUUAUCAUCGAUAUAUUUCCUUGAAAAAAGCUCUUUCUCACGGUCUUUGAUUGAUUUUGCUACGAAGAGAUUGAGGAGGAUGAUCAUUUGCUUAACUAGUUGGAUUUAUCUAUUGGAAUGAUGCUGGUUCGAUAAAAUUUCCAUAAUGUGAAAAUAAAUCUUAAUGUGUGAUUUUGAUGCAU